AUGACAUUUGAUUUUAAACUUCCUGAGCAGCUUCAAGCUCUUUUUCCGGAUUACCACACCCCAAAUGAGACUUCCCCUUACGAAUAUGCCAAAGCUCAAGGGGUACAAUAUCCCAAUUAUACCCCCUGGAAAAUGGAGCCUCUAGAAGAGAUUAAAGAUAUUGAAGAAAAGGGGAAAUUGGCCUCAAAGGACAAAUCGAGUUUACUCAAUGCUGCAACCCUGGUCCGCAAUAUUACCCCUUUGACUGGAACCGAAAUUUUAGGACUUAGUUUGGCCAAGCUUUCUGAUCUGCAAAAGAACGAUCUCGCUAAAUUAGCGGCAGAAAGGGGAGUUGUGGUGUUCAGGGCUCAAGACGAUUUGGAUAUUAGAGAACAGGUUCGGUUUGGAUCCUAUUUUGGUCCUCCACACAUACAUCAAGAGAGUGGUAUCAUCCCAGAUAUUCCUUGGGUUCAUGCUGUAUACAAGGAUGAGAAUUCUCAUAAAGGGCUUCGAUCCCAAGUAUGGCAUUCCGAUGUGCCUUAUGAACUCAAUUCUGCUGGAUUGACGACUUUGAGAUUCGAUACCAUUCCUUCUCAGGGUGGAGACACCAUGUUUGCUAAUGGAUACGCUAUUUAUGAGUCUUUAAAUCCUGGAUUCAGGGCUUAUUUGGAAACUCUCAGUGCUGUUCAUAGUGGGUACGGUCAGCUUUCAAUUGCUCAAUCAGAAGGUAGGACUACCAGGCGUCCUCCUCUAGAGACUGUUCACCCGUUGGUGAGAACUAACCCUAUAACUGGGUUGAAAUCGUUAUACAUCAGCGAGAACUUCACUACUGCUAUUGUGGGAUUGGAAAAGAAAUUGAGUGAUGUAUUGUUACGUUAUUUAUUUGACUAUGUUAACAAUGCUCUUCAGUUCCAAGUCAGACUUUCAUGGGGCAAACAUGAUGUAGCAGUAUGGGAUAAUCGCUCCCAUUUCCAUACUGGGGUCUUUGAUUAUUAUCCUGAGGUUCGUCAUGGUACUCGUGUAAUUGCAUUGGCAAACAAGGCUUAUUUUGACCCUAAUUCUAAGCUUUUAAGUGAGUAUGAAGGAUAA